CUCUUGUCACAGGCAGUGUUCACACCAUGCUGUCCAGCCUGACGGAGUGGCUAUGGCAGGAGAGGUUUUGGUUGCCACCUAAUAACACGUGGGCCCAGCUGGAGGACCGUGAUGGCCUGGUGUUUGCCCACCCUCGGCACAUGCUGGCGGCCCUGCCCCUGGCGCUGGUCCUGGUGGCCGUGCGCCUCACCUUUGAGAGAUUUGUGGCCCUGCCCCUGAGCCGGUGGAUGGGCGUGCGCGAUCAGAUCAGGAGGCACGCUAAUCCCAAUGCCACGCUGGAAAAGUACUUCCUCAGAACAGGGAGGAGACCCACGGAGACCCAGAUGGCCCUCCUGGCUGCUCAGUGUGGGCUCACCCUGCGUCAGACUCAAUGCUGGUUCCGGAGACGACGGAACCAAGAAAGGCCCCGCCUGUCCAAGAAAUUCUGUGAGGCCAGCUGGAAGUUCGUCUUCUACCUGUGUUCUUUCACUGGUGGCAUUUCCAUCCUCUACCACGCGUCAUGGAUGUGGAAUGCGAAAAAAUGCUGGGAAAAUCACCCAAACCAGACCCUGCAGCCAGAACUGUACUGGUGGUACCUUCUGGAACUGAGUUUCUACAUUUCACUGCUAAUCACACUGCCCUUUGACAUCAAACGCAAGGAUUUCAAGGAGCAGGUGAUCCAUCACUUCGUGACAAUUACCCUGAUAUCCUUCUCCUACUGCUCCAACCUGCUGCGCAUAGGCACCCUGGUGCUGCUGCUGCAUGACUCUGCUGACUACCUGCUGGAGGUCGGUAAGAUGCUCAGCUAUGCAGGCUUUGGGUCAGCGUGCACUGCUCUCUUCUUUGUCUUCUCUUCGGUCUUCUUCUACACCCGCCUCAUUAUCUUCCCCACGAAGUAA